AUGUCUAAGAAGUCGAGAGAGAAAAAGAAGGCUCAGAAGGCCCAGAGAAACGCCCGUGAUAUCCAAACACCUGCACCUACGGAAGUGGGCUCCGAACACGAAUCCCAACAAAGUGAUUCCUCGAGAGCACAAGAACUGAGGCCAAAAGCUAGUCGAGAUACGAAUGGCAAAGCUCCUGAACGAAGGGCGAGAUUUGCUAGAAGUCCAACCCGCGAAGGUGACUUUGCCACAAAUGCGACUGAUUACGAAUCAAAUGGCGAAACGGAUCUCGAACUCAGCGAUGCUUCUGAUCAAUCUGCCCCCAUUGAACACAAAUUAGAGCCACUGAGCCGCUGGGUCAAGAACGUCAUUCGAAGGGAAACAGCGAAACAGUCGGAAAGAAUGGUUGAGGAGUUCUUCACAUCCAGCACCCCUAUGUACCAAGAAUGUCAAGAAUUCUUUCAAAAGCUAAAUCAACACAUUCGAGGGGCCAACAGCGAGCAUUCUGUCAUCGACCUUGAUACUGGUACUAUUCCCGAGACUGGCUACAAUACCCUAUGCCACGCCUGGCAGCAAGCAGCAAAGAAGUCAGCCGAAAGUCUCUCCCCAGAAGAGUUUUGGGAGGCUUUCAAUGAGACCCAUAGACUUAUAAGAAUCUUCAACAAACGACAUUAUCUUCCCAAGACUUGGAAUAUCAGUGAAGCGUGGGCCGAGCAACAGAUCAAGACACCAAAUCCCAGGAUUGAGGAAGAUACCAGCUCCACUUCUGAUAGUGGCGACAUCCAGUCUGACUCGGACCACGAUCAACUCCCAGCCGGUCACGAGUCUAGUGACGAAUCUAGUACCGAAUCAGACAUUGAGAUUGGUAGUGAUAAGCCCACAGGGCUUGAUGCAUUAGAAGCGAGGACCUUAAAACAGCAACGCCAAUUGGACUCGGCCAAAGUAUUGUAUUGGUGGCCCAAAGGUACUGGCUCCCAGAUCUUCGUGCGCUACGGAAGUAAAUCCACACCGAUCUAUCGCAUUCGUGCUGGGUCACAUGAGAGUUACAACCCAAGUCGGGUAGAGCGCGUCUUGACCAUGACUCGCGGAACCGCUAAAGUGGCCGGGGUCAGGAACGGGCUUCGUGAAGAAUUUUGGAAAUACAAGCGAAGAGAUGUAGAAGACUUCAUUGGUAUCGGUUGGAAGGUCGAAGGUGACGAUGAGCAGGGGGUUUAUCCUCUUGACUUACUCCUGCCCGCUAAAGGCAUAACCUAUCCACAAACUCGGAUUCUUGUCAAAUGGAAAGACGGCAUUUAUACCCUGGAAGGGCGAUCCUUCAUUCGCCGUAUCACAAACGGCUCAACUUUGGACGGCGAUAGGGUAAUUUAUCAAAAGGCUGAAGAACUAGAGACUGCCUACCGCAAGAAGCAUUUGUUGUAUGAUAUCGAAGACGAUGAUAUUGAUCCCGAAAGCGACGGCUCAACUCAGCCGAUAGCGACUCGCAACAGAAGAUACCGUAGCGGACCUGCUCGCUACUCGAGUUCACGCAGCAGAAGGAACCACAUUGUGGCCAGUAGCGAUGAAGAGAACGAUGUCUCUACGCAGUCGAGACAAACCCGCGACAGAAGAUACCUUAGCGAACCUGCUCGCUACUCGAACCCACGCAGCCAAAACCCCAGGCACCGUAGCGAGCCUACUCGUUACUCGGAUCCACGCAGCAGAAGGACAACAACCCCCUUUGACAUUACCGAUGAAGAUAGCGACGUCAUCCGCACCGUCUCAGCUGGCAGAGAGCCACGCAAGACACGUCGAUACCAAACCAACCGCCGUGGAAGCACAGCAUGA